AUGGGAAGCAUUAAUGCUAUCACCCUUAGGAGUGGUACCAAGUUAAAUGAAGUUGGUCUUGAGCCUACAAGUUUAAGCAAGGAGCCCCACAAUGAAGAAAUGGGAGAAGAAGUGGAAGUGGUAGGAGAUGAGGAGGAAAAUAUUGCAAGAAGUGAGGAGGAACUAUUAAAGGUUAAAGAGCCCAAAAGGAAGAACCCUCUUGAAGUGCCUACACCAAUUCCUUUCCCAACAUUGGCUAAAAAGGCUAAGAAGCAUGAAGACCUUGACCCUAAUAUGGUGGGGAUUUUCAAGAAUGUGGAAGUUAAUAUUUCUCUUUUUCAAGCCAUUCAACAAGUUCCGAAGUACGCCAAAUUCCUCAAGGAUGUUUGCACACACAAGGACAAAAUUGGUAAGCUAAACAAAAGCCCGAAGUUGAACUUGUCACCAUUGAAGAGGUCCGGAGCAAGAUUUGUAUUGGCAGACAAAAGCAUUGUGACAGUUGUCGGCAUUGCGAAGAAUGUAUUGGUCAAUAUCCAAGGGUCAUUAUUUCCGAUAGAUUUUUAUAUCUUGGAAACCCCUCCAAUUGAUUCGGACAAGCCAUCCUCUAUUCUCAUUGGGAGACCAUUUUUGAAGAUGUCUCGAUUCAAGUUUGAUGCAUUUUUGGGAGCUUAUUCGUUUGAAGCAGAUAAGAAAGUAGUGAAGUUAACUUUGGAUGGAUCCAAGAAACUCACUCUUGAAGUUUACUCUAUCUUUGGAUGUGACUUAAUUGAAGAUCAAGUGGUUGAGCCUACUAAGGAGCAUGAUGAAGAAAAUAUUGUCAAGGAGCCUAAUUCAUUGGACCACACACAACCCAAGCAUGCCAAGGAGUUGGAGAUUUUCCUCCUUGGAGAGAUUCCAAAUGAUCAAUGA